UCAAGAAUAACUGUCUCCCACACUAUCUCCAUCCAUUAACAUAAUUUUUAUCUCUGCAAACAGUAGCAGACUGAGGCUUGAAUGCCCUUGGUAUGUUGCUGAAUAAGAUGCAGGCUUCAGUUUUAACUUUGGGGAUGGCAAACAAAUUGUAAGGCCAGGCUUGUCAGAAAACCUUUGAAUGGUGCUAAUCCCACUGCAGGUUUGUUGGCACUGUCUCACCUAAUGCAAGACAGGACUAACUAAUGAGGAUGUGGCACAGAAGCAGUUUGGAGCUCCCUGGGUCACAAAAUCGGUGAAGAUGGCUGCACUGCAGAAGGCAGAGCUGGUCAUGCAGUCAUGUUGUUGGAGAAGGCACCUGUGGCUGAAGGGAUGUGUUGCUGCAGCAUUGCAGUGGGGAGAGCAAGCUUUACCCAGACUGUUAAUCACCCACUUGGGAAGGAAGGCGCUGGAUGCCGUCCUGAUUCUGAUCCCAGAAGUCAAGAGCAGAAUGAUUCUGUGUGCUGAAGACGAGAAUCAUCACAAAGGCAUGGAAUAGCCAAAGAGCAAUUAUCCCUGCUUGCUGUUUAAGGGAUUUGUUUUUAUUUUGUAGCCAAGUCCUCAGCUGAUGUUUUCGGUCUUGUCUCUAUUUGUUUAAAAGGAUGCGGGGCUGGGAGUGAGGGUGCAGAAGGAAGGAUGCGGGGCUGGGAGUGAGGGUGCAGAAGGAAGGAUGCGGGGCUGGGAGUGAGGGUGCAGAAGGAAGGAUGCGGGGCUGGGAGUGAGGGUGCAGAAGGAAGGAUGCGGGGCUGGGAGUGAGGGUGCAGAAGGAAGGAUGCGGGGCUGGGAGUGAGGGUGCAGAAGGAAGGAUGCGGGGCUGGGAGGGCAGUGCGUGCCCCGUGUGCUCGUUCCUUUGCUGAGCUGCCCGCAGAGCUCUCCUGGUGCUGCAGCUCCUUUCGGCGGGUUCUUUUUGUGGAUUUGAGCGGGACAGCGCUGAGCUCCGUCUGGGACACACAAUGGGCUGACAGGAAAACAGCGCACCCGACAUCAGGGGUCUGUGAGGACUUGAAAGGGCUCUAGACAGACAUAUUUUGCAUUUGACUCUGGACUGCAGCCUUUGAGGCCAAACUCGGGCCGCGGUGUUAAGUGGCCGCUAAGUGUUUCCCUCCUUGUGCCGAGCGCUGGGAGCGGGCCGGGGAGGAGGGCAUGUGAGGGAGGGAGCCAGGGGAGUGCCCUCCUCACUCUGCGGCCUGAUAACCUCAACCCACAAGCUGCAAAAGGAAAAGUCUUCUCUUGAGAUUACAAUAUACAACUUUUUGUCUACCUGAGCUGCUUGCCCAGGUUCCCCUGCAGAGCAGAUCGUGUCACAGCUGCCCUGCGGCCUGUGACCCGUCCCCACAGCUCUCUGCGCCGCUGUCCUGGGAGCCUGUGGUGAGUUAGCGUGGAGAUGUCACCAACAGGCCCUCUGCAAACAGCUGCUCUGCUUUGCCAAAUGUCAUUUUUGCACCCUUGAGAGCACGGGGAAAAUCUGGGGGUGGUGCAAUUUGGGGCUCAUUAUGGGGCUUGCAGCCCUACAGAGAUCUGCCUUCUGUGGGUCCCUUGCAUGGGUCCCAGGGUAGGAAGGUCUGCGUGACACUUGUAAUACACCCAAAAACACCAGAUAGAUUUUUCUCAGGAAAAAAAUUAAUCAAAACCUUAAAAAGGAGGGGGAAAAGUGCCAUUUCCCUGCAUCAGAAGAAAAUGCUGUGUUAUGUGAGCUGCUGUAAGGAGCUGGGUAGGAUCUGUUUCUUGUGCUGCAGCAUGAUAGGAGAUGCGUACCACUUCUUCAGAGGCUCUCCAAACACUGCAGGCUUUUACCAUUCCUGCAGCCGCCCACAGAGACUUGCUCAGAAAGCUGCCCAAGUUCAGGCUGUGCCUGUGCUGCCAGAGCUCAGCAGCUCUGUCCUGGCCAGCCUUGCUCUUGUAUUUCCUGUUUUCUGGGUGAGGUGUCAGGCACUAACAGGGACGAGGAGUCACAUGCUGGCACAGCUGUAGGAGCAAGAGUUUCAUCAGGCCUUUUCUCUGGAAAAACUCAGCUUUUCCCCAUGGCCCCGUGCGCAUAAAUCAGGCUGCAUUUACUUCACAGUGAGCUGAGCCUGGAUUUAAGGAGGGAGUUUGUGGAUUCUGGAGAAUCUGAGACCACUUCAUGUUUUUAAUGAAGCAUGAAAGUAAGUAGGUAUCAGUGUAGAGCUAUCUGUUUUAUUUUGGGCCCUGUUGAUGACAUGCUGUCUUUUCACUUUCCAGUACUGGUUCUGUGCAGAUGGCACAGGCUCCUUCACAAAGAGUUGCCAAGAUGCUCUGGGGCUGUGGCCUCUGUGUGCCAGGUGGGAACGGGCUAAGUGAGUCCCAUUUAAAUGGCAGGAAGGCUUUCCUCACCUUUCAGAGGGGAGGAUCCCUUAGAUGCAGUCUGUACUGCUGCAUGUUUUCCUUCCCUGCUUGUGCAGGUCCAGGCAGACAAGGCAGCCUUGCUCCAGCCCAGUUUGUUAAAGCUGACAUGGCAACACUUCCUCACAGAGGGAAACCUGGGGGUUGGGUACUGCCUGCUGCACCCACGAGCAGUAAUCCAAGGCAGGUUUUUUUGAAAGAUGGCUUUUACAUUUCAGCUGUCUCCCAGGCAGUAACUUGGUGCCCCACACUGGAGCUUGCUCUCUGGGCAGAAUGCUCCUCUGGGAAGUCUGCCUGGGCAGAGGUGGCAGUGCCACUCCAGCCCCAUUAGCCAAAGCCUGACACCUUUUCAGUUCUCCAGCAGCCUGGGAGCCCCAGGCAGCAGCCGGCGAUGGCAGGAUAUCAGUGUGCUGGAGAGCUUGUGUACAAACCAGCUCCCUGCAGGGUCCUGCCGAACAGUAAGGGUUAAACCUUCACUGAAGGUGGGAGAAAUGCCAGAAAACAUUUGCCUUACUACAGAACCCAGAGGGGAAUGUUUCUUUCUAAUCAGCUUCUCAAAGAGAUGCAAAGCAAAAGCUCUUGGCCUGUGCUUUUGUCAUCACACACGCCCUUCCUCCUGCCCUACCUCAUCCCCUCAGCCUAGGGCAGAGCCUGCUGUUAGAGCUGGGCUCAGCUGCUGAAACGGGCAGAGCCCUGUAUGUCACUGACUUACACGUGUCAGAUCCACUCUCUCUCCCAUCCCUUUCCAUACCCUCAGCCUCCAAUUUGCCAGUGAAUUGUUAGACACCAGCGCAUUCACCUCUGACUUCCCAUCAAUCUGCCUGAGGGCUCUCCAUGGAUGGACAGAUGAGGGUAAUGUGCUAAAUUCCCCCUUUGCUAGGGAUGAAUUUCCUGGGGAUUGCUCCUAUUAGCCACACUUUCCAGCAGUAGUAACAAGUUCACUUUUUUUUUCACUUUUAAAACAUUUCCAGAAUGCAACUAGAAUGCCUGGGAGAAAGCUGAUUGUUAACUAGUCAUGGGUAAUUAAUGGCUCCACCUUCCCCAUCAAUCAGCUGGGAGAAGCCAAAAGGAUUUGAGUACUUGCAGCAAAUGUGCUGUUCCCCAGACAUGCUGAUACACAGUGUGCAAAUGAAGCGGCAGCAGGAGACCAUCUCCUAGCCUUUGUGGAAGCAGCAGUAAGUCAUGAUACACAUCCCACGCUCCUGUCAGGUGAAGUCUGAAAUUCCCAGAGCUGCUGCUGCUGUUGUGCAGUUUCUGACUGUGUGGGAUGUUGAUUCAUCUCGCUGGUAGCUUGAAUCUAACCCAAUUUUUGUUCUAUUUUUCCUUUUCAGAUUCUGAUUAUGGUUGUCUUUUUCCGCUUUCUACAAUUAAAAUACUAGCAUUGGGAAAGCAGGACAUGGAGGGGGGAGCAGAUGCAAUGCUGGCUUUCUUUCUGUAGCAGAGCAAAAAGGCAUUUCUGCAUCCCAUUUUGUUUGUGUCUGGUAGUGGCUGUGCAAGCCCAAGCAGAGAUCUGACCUUGAUACCAUUUCAGCUGACCUUUUCCCUUCUGAUUUAUUUCUCCCCAUAUUUAAGAAAUAACUUCCAUUUGAGCUACGAGUUGACAUUUCUCCACCACAUGAUAUUCUUCUCCUCACCAUGCUGAGACUCCACAGCUCUGGGUGUCUCCAAGUCACCUGAGGGAGAAAGGCCUGUAGGCUUCUGUGUUAGCCAGCGGUUUAAAAGGGAUGCCAGCAAGGCUGGAUGUGGUUCUGCAGAUGUGCCAGGAGCCAGUGAACCAUCUCCUGCUCUAAAUCCUCCUCAGGACUUCCCAUAUUCUCCAAUCCUUUACUUUAAAACAUUCUUCCUUGCCACACUACGCAAUGGCUUUUCUUUCCGUGGCUAGCACUGGGAUGGCUAAAAUUCAAUGUACCACUGGAAGAGAGUCAAUCCCUGCUCUGAUUAAGCUCCUUUGUCCUCUCUGCAUGUCCUUGCAUUGCCUGCUCCAAAAGGCAGUAAAAACAGAACUGAAGGCUUGUUGUUUGGGUGUAGAAACUCAGUAAAUAAAUUCAAAAUUUGUUUAGUACGUCAGACUGAAGAUCAAAUGUCCCAGUAACAUCACUGACAAAAUAGGAAAAACCGUUUAUUUUAUCUGGCAUACAUCUAGACAGUGAAAGAGACACAGCCUUAUAGCAAGUUCUUUGUAAUGAACAGAGCUCCUAAAUUGCUGUGCAGGACCCAGCCCUGGCCUGUUCAGAGUGAUAUUCUGCUUUUGACCUCCACUUCUUGACCGUCUUGGUCCUGUAAAUGUUAGUGCAGCCAUUUGUGUGUGUGAAUGCACAGAACCCCCUUCCUCGGGAGGCCAGUGGCUGUCUUGGGCCCUGGAGCUUGAGCCUUGAUUGCUGUCUCUUAGCACUUGUAAGCACUUAUAAGCACAAAAGCUAAUGGUCACACUUGCAGAAUAAACUAAUUAAGGGAAAAUGCUCAAGCCCUUGGAUCUCUGCUCAGCCUUCCCUGGGUAGGAGCAGUGCCUUGGGCACAGCAUAACCUCAGUGCCUGAUCCUCCCGGAAAGGAAGUGCAGGUCAGGGCUGGGAGUGCAGAAAUUGGGCAGAUGAGUGACGUUAUACCAUCAAAUGUGCUCGUUGUUCUUCACAGUCAUGUUGUUGGAGAAGGCACCUGUGGCUGAAGGGAUGUGUUGCUGCAGCAUUGCAGUGGGGAGAGCAAGCUUUACCCAGACUGUUAAUCACCCACUUGGGAAGGAAGGAGCUGGAUGCCGUCCUGAUUCUGAUCCCAGAAGUCAAGAGCAGAAUGAUUCUGUGUGCUGAAGACGAGAAUCAUCACAAAGGCAUGGAAUAGCCGAAGAGCAAUUAUCCCUGCUUGCUGUUUAAGGGAUUUGUUUUUAUUUUGUAGCCAAGUCCUCAGCUGAUGUUUUCGGUCUUGUCUCUAUUUGUUUAAAAGUGCGUUAGCAGUAAAUCAAGGUGCAUUUCCCCUGUAGGGUUUCCUGUAUGUCAAAGCCAUGUUAAUUCUCUUUGAUUUUCUUCCCUUAGCCCCAGCCAUUGCUGCAGAUCCUUCCUCUCUUUGUCCCUUUGGACAUCAAAGGCUCGCAAGGGGACAACCCUGGCGGGAAGCUCCUCCCUGCUCAUUAGCCUCCAUAAAACAGGAACUCACCUUGGCUAGCUGUGCUUGGGGUCCCAUCCUCAUCCCGCUCACUCUUGACACUGGAUCUCGGAAGGAAGGGCUUGUGCUUGCUUCAGGAAAUCAGACCUGCUUUUGAACUGGACUAUUUUGGCUCCCCUUGUAAGAACCCUGGUGGCUCUCUUGGCCCUGCAAGCUCCUCGACGUCACAGUACAUGGAAAAAUGCAAGUUUUACCAGACGUGAAAGCGCCCUGUGAGGCCCUUCCUUCCCCCAGCCUGGAGCCCUUCCCACAGAGCUCCAUCGUGGUCACCCUCGAGGACAUGGGGCUCUGGAUGAAGUUUCACCAGAUAGGAACUGAGAUGAUCAUCACCAAAUCUGGCAGACGAAUGUUUCCUCAAUGCAAAAUCAAAGUCUCUGGCUUAAUCCCGUAUGCCAAGUACCUCAUGCUGGUAGAUUUUGUGCCAAUAGAUAACUUCAGGUACAAGUGGAAUAAAGAUCAGUGGGAAGUUGCUGGAAAAGCAGAACCCCAGCUCCCUUGUCGCACCUAUGUCCACCCAGAUUCCCCAGCUCCUGGCAGCCACUGGAUGAAAGAACCCGUCUCCUUCCAAAAACUGAAGCUCACUAACAACACUCUGGAUCAACAUGGGCACAUCAUCCUGCACUCCAUGCACCGUUACAAGCCACGCUUCCACAUCGUGCAGGCCGAUGACCUCUUCAGUGUCCGCUGGAGCAUCUUCCAGGUGUUCAGCUUCCCUGAGACUGUCUUCACCUCUGUCACUGCCUACCAGAACGAGCAGAUUACAAAGCUCAAGAUUGACAACAAUCCAUUUGCUAAAGGUUUCCGUGAACAUGGGAAGAACACUCGAAGGGAAGGACGAGCCAAAUGCCAGAAGCCCAGUCCAGCCAAGAGCCAGAAGAGGAAACUGCCUGAGGAAAAGGAGCCUGCUGCUGAGGAACGUGAUUUUGAGAAGGAUGAGAAUGUAGACGUGAAGGAAGAGAGUAACCCUGUGGUGGUGAGCAGUGGCUAUCCCUUCUGGGGCUCGGAGCAGAACAGCAGCCAGGCCUUCCCUGCGGCCUCGCCAGGGCCUGCUGACCAGAGGGAGGCUCUGGCCAGAGAGCAGCAGGUGCCAACGCCGUCCUACCACACGUACCGGUUCCACGAAGCUGGGGACAGCCAGCAGCUUCCCAGCCGUGACACCGCGACCUUGAACGAUUUCCGGGCAAGGUGCCACGCCUUGGAUCUUGCCAUGGUGCCUGAGCACGACUCCAAACAGCUCCCAGAGGGCUUCACCAACCUGCCCCCACUGCCCCCACCUCUGCCUCCUCCCCAGGACUACACAGGAGUGGUGAACAUGGCUCUGGACUCUGUGGGGAAAGCCGGGGCCCGGGCGCCCAUGUACAGUCCCUAUGGCACCGAGCAGGGCCUGGGGCAGUGGGUGGUGCCUUCCCACAGCCAGUACAGGGCAAUGAGCUACUCGGCCUUCUCCACGGAGUACAACACACAAGGAACUCCAGGACAUGCCCAUGGCACCGUGGCAGAGUGGAGCCAGUACCCUCUGUUCCCCUACGCCUGCUGGUGAAUGGGGAGGACCCUUCCCAGUGAAAAAACUGAAAGAAAAUUGUAAAUGAGAUUGAAUUUACUGUUGGACUGGUGAAGCUUUGCCUACACUAGGCAGAGGUAUUGCUGCAAGCAGUAGCGUGGGACACCUUCACUUCCUUGUGUCCUUGCACAACAACCCUCACCAUAUUUCACAAGCAGUGUUUAAACCGGUGGCUGCCCCAGCCAUGUCACUGUGGAUCAGGCUCAAUGUGUUCUGCAGUGGUUUUUUUCCCAGCAGGAGCAGGAAACCACAGGUCUGCAAGAACAGUAUUUAAAGAGCUGCUGAACUCGCAGUCAGUGCUGGCACCUCGCAUUUGGCGGUUUCCAACACCCCUUCCUCCUGGGACUGGGGA